AGGGGAAAAUGUCUUAUGGAUUUCAUUUCUGUAAGACAUUUUCCGGUUCCUCCUUCAUUCAGGUAAGGUUCUUUCUCGUUCUUCCGUUCUUCGUUCAUUUUCCUUCUUCCGUUCUUCAUCUUCUCUUCCAGGUAAAAGUUCGUCGUAUAUCUUCUCUUCUCAGCAUAUUCUGUUUCGUUUCCUCUCUUUCUCUCUUUCUCAGGCAAAUCUGCCAUGAAUUCUAUUGUUUCAAUCCCUUCUCCUAGUGUUUGGCCUCUGCUUUUUUAUUGGGUUUUAGGGGAAUACACUAAAGAAGAAGAAACAGAAAGAUAAGAUGACAUGAGGGACGAUGGAAGCAGUGCCAGGGGCGUUGGGAACAAGCGCCAGCUUGGCUCUUCGUUUGGGACAAACUGUUUUCUCCGCUGCUUCACUUCUCUUUAUGUGUUUGGAUGUUGAAUUCUAUAGCUAUACUUCUUUCAGCUACUUGGUGACAGUCAUGGGUUUAGUGACUCCAUGGAGUGUGUCAUUAGCAUUGGUUGAUGCAUAUUUCGUGUUCGUUAAAGGCUUACCACGACAACCAAGGGUACUGUUAGUUGUCAUUGUUGGAGACUGGGCCUUGUCAUUUCUCUCACUAGCCAUGGCUUGCUCAACUGCUAGUGUGACAAGUCUCUUGGUCAAUGUCAGCUCGACAUAUUGCUCGUCAAAGAUAUGCAGUAGAUAUCAGUUGUCUGCAGCUAUGGCUUUCAUGUCGUGGUUUCUAUCCUUUGCUUCAACUCUCUUCAAUCUUUGGCUCCUUCCAUCUUUGUAGCGACUCGCAACUUCCAAGUUCCAACCCUUUCUUCAUACACAAAAAGUUCAGCAGGCAGAUCCUGACAGUUCCAUAGAUGUUCAAAUUAAGAAGUGUACAUUGACAGUAUUAUAUACAAACAUCAAAAUCUUGAACGAUA